CUCGAUGUGCGCACGUAGAGUUUCGGCUGCUGGCACUAUUCAUAUCGGUUUGUUACGUUUGUUUUCUUGUUAACUUAUUGAAGAUUUUCCAGUUUAAAUCAUGUCCUCCACAGAUGUUUCUCCUUCAGCUACCCCCAGCACUACCCCCUUGAGUGGAACAAAUGCACCAAAAUUUGGCACAGUCAUUCCAAGUAGAAUAUUUGUUGGCGGUAUAGCAGCAAAUACAACAGAUGCAGAGUUAAAACAGUUUUUUGCCGCUUAUGGUGCAGUUAAAGACACAAAAAUAAUAGCAGAUAGAGCCGGGGUAUCAAAAGGAUAUGGUUUUGUUACGUUUGAAAGUCAAGAAGAUGCAGAUCGUAUUAUUAAAAAAGAGGCAGAUAAUUUAGUGUUUCGAGAUCGUAAAUUAAACAUUGGUCCAGCUGUUCGUAAACAAGUAUUAACCAGAAAUUAUGAUUCUAAUAUACAAGCAGGGACUGUCAUGUUUGCUAAUGGAGUUCCCUACACAUACCAAAAUGGAAUGGCUAUAUAUCAUGCCGCGGAAGGGGGCUACCCCUUAACCCAGCCCCAGCCAACCUAUACGAGUAAUCCUUACUCAGCAGCUGCUGCGGUUAUGGUACCACAAACGCCUACUAUAUACAUGACACCAAGUUACCAGUCAGCUGCUGCUUACCAAUCUGCAGCAGCCUAUCAAUCAGCAGCCGCCUAUCAAAAUGCUGCUUAUCAUCAGUCGCCAUAUCAAGCGCCUACUCCACAAUGGACGGCAUCUCCACAGUGGCGUUGGGGCCCACAGAGUCCCAGUCAACCAGCUUCCUUUGGUGGGAACCCAGGGUAUGUGUACGCCAUGCACACAACAACCCCUGAACUAAUGUACGCUCAACCUCCACCUACAGGGAUGCAACCAACAGACCUUGACACAGCUUUACAAGAAGCUACAGCAGUCGAGGUAAUUCCCGGACAUUAUGCACUAUAGUGUAAAAAAAAAAUUUAAAAGAAAUUUUGUAAUAUACAAAUUGUUACAAAUAAGUCGUCCUCGUAAUUUAUGGGUUUAUCCUGUGAAUUACUAUGAAAAGAUAAAAGCAGUAUUUGUCAUCAAAGAUUUUAAAAAAACCCAUGAAAAUUUGUAAAGAGAAAAAAAAUCUAGAAAAAAAAAGUUGUUUUAUAUAUCUACAUAAAAGCUUUAAUCUUCAUCCAUGUUCAUUUUUGUAAAUUCAUCUUUCAUGUGUCAUAAACGUAAAUAUAACUUAAAUAAUUAGAAAAAUGACACCCUCUCAAAAACAAAACAAAAAAAUAAGAAAAUUGUCUUUUUGUCAUGUUUUCCUUCUAAAUGGAUCUCAUUUAUCGGGGAUGUAUUAUCGGGUGCUCGAUUAUCAGUCUGGAAUGUUCCAAAUUGAGGGAAUUGCAAAACGAGGGAAAGCUCUCCUAAUCCACAAAUGUAGUAUGAGCAGAAUCGUGACAUUGUGUUUAUUCAGUCCACACCUGUCGAGGGAUCAAGAGAAUUAUGAUUCCAGAAUGUUGAAUUGAGCAUCUAAAAUAUGUCUAGUGUUUUCUCAAGGGGGUGUAUGGGGUGAUUUAAGAACACUUUUCUUUCCUCUGAUAUUGUUCUAACAGUGUAUAUGAUAUGAUCUUUUGUGAGGUGGUGGGGGGGGGGGGAUAGAUGUGUCCUCUAUGGUCAUGUCUUUAUUUUUUUUAUUUAUUUUUUUUUCUGGUGGGAGAUGUGGUGGGAUACGUUGUCACCUUUUAAUUUAGGGUUGGGAGCAGUGUGAUUUAUGCCUGGGGAAGGGGCAGGAUUAGAGAUGUGGUCAUCUUUACUCCUGUGAUUUCUUGGUGGGGGGAGCGAUCUAUAAGCACAUUGCUUACGUUGUUUUGUUUUUUGAGAGAGUUUUGGAGGUGAUCUAUAAUCACUUAUUGUCUCUCAUAGUCUCAUGGUUUAUUGUGGGCGAGGGGGUUAGGGAUGCACGAUCUAUAUACGAUUGCUUGCUGUCCUGUCAUCUUAAACUAUUUUUAUUAUAAUGUACAAGUCUAAAGAAUCUUUAUUCCAUUGUUUAUGUGUACUCCUGAGUAAUAUAUAUAUAUUAUAAUAUUAUCGAUUGAAAUGUGUAUAUUUGUAUUUUUAAAAUUUGAGUGUACGAUGACAUAUACUUGUUUAUAAAGUUGUUAAGAAGAAUACAUUGGAAUUUAAGUUAUACAAGCGUUCUCAGAUAGUUUGUCCCAAAUGAAAAUUAUUAUACAAACUUUUAAAAUAAUACAUGUAAAAUUUAUUGUUGAAAAGAAAAAGUUAUAUUAGUGACCCAGUCAAAAUCGUUACUACAGCUCGAGAAAAGUUUCGAGAUUUAAAACAAAGGAUGGCUUGUCAAAUACAUAUUCUUACCUAACAAUAUUACUGCCAAAAUUUACCCAGGCUGUUAAAAGUCUACUUGCCUAAGUUCAGUUUUAAUUCUAAUAUUUAAAAUCAA